GUGUUCCCACGACAUCAUCGCAAAAAAGCUUGAGCUCCAAUCCCGUCAGGUUUCCUACCAUAUAGUAAGGUAUUCUCAUUUACUGAUAAAAGAGCUCGCAUCCCUCCAACUAAUUCCAGUACGGACGACCUUCAACCUCCGCAAUCGUUCUUCACAUCUCAAGCUUUGACCAAGUAUUUAAGGCUGAUUCCCCUGCAAAAUAUUUAUAAUUGCAACAGAGCAACACGGUUCACGCUUGUUGCUGUUUUUUCUGCAACUGCCCCGCCCCCUCCAUUGCUCUUCCGCAAUCGCUACUACCCCGCCAAACUUUUUUCCUUUUGGCCUUUCCUUACUCGCCCGAGAGCCCAAUCCAAACCUGAAUGAGACGCCCUCUUCCCACUUACGUCUUUUCUUAUUUUUCUUCUUCGUCGUCCUCUUCUGUCUUUCGUCUUUCCCCCGUUUUCUCUCCCAAAAGGUUCUCCUUUCUAGCUUCCAAGAUGUCCUCCCAGCAGAAGAUCGCCAUCGUCUCAGUCUAUGACAAGACCGGUCUUCUGGACCUGGCUAAGGGCCUCGUCCAGCAGAAUGUUCGAAUUCUCGCUUCUGGAGGCACCUCCAAGAUGAUCCGAGAGUCUGGAUUCCCUGUCGAGGACGUCUCUGCCAUCACCAAGGCCCCCGAGAUGCUUGCUGGUCGUGUCAAGACGCUUCACCCUGCCGUCCAUGCAGGUAUCCUGGCCCGUGAUCUCGCUUCCGACGAGAAGGACCUCGCCGAGCAGAACAUCAACAAGGUCGAUUAUGUCAUCUGCAACCUCUACCCCUUCAAGGAUACCGUCGCCAAGAUCAACGUCAGCAUCCCUGAGGCCGUUGAGGAGAUUGACAUAGGUGGUGUUACUCUUAUCCGUGCUGCCGCCAAGAACCACAAGCGCGUCACUAUCCUCAGUGACCCUAACGACUACGCUGGUUUCCUCACGGAGCUCGAGAAGGGCGAGAUCACUGAGGCCAGCCGUAACCGCUAUGCUCUCAAGGCUUUCGAGCAUACUGCCGACUACGAUGCUGCUAUCUCUCAGUUCUUCCGCAAGGAGUACGCCGGCAACGGCGAACAAUACACUGCCCUUCGAUAUGGCGCCAACCCUCACCAAAAGCCUGCCGCCGCCUAUGUUUCCGAGGGUAACCUGCCCUUCAAGGUUCUGUGUGGCUCACCCGGCUAUAUCAACCUCCUCGACUCCCUAAAUGCCUGGCCUCUGGUCAAGGAGCUCAAGAAGGCUCUUGGCAAGCCUGCUGCUGCCAGCUUCAAGCACGUCUCUCCCGCUGGUGCUGCCAUCGGUCUGCCUCUUACCGAGGACGAGAAGAAGGUUUACUUUGUCCACGACAUCGAGGGUAUUGAUGAGUCCAGCCUCGCCCAGGCCUAUGCUCGUGCUCGAGGAGCCGAUCGCAUGAGCAGCUUUGGCGAUAUGAUCGCCCUCAGCGAUGUUGUUGACGUUCCUACUGCCCGCAUCAUCUCUAAGGAGGUCUCCGAUGGUGUUAUUGCUCCUGGCUACGAUGAUGCCGCUCUUGAGAUCCUCAAGAAGAAGAAGGGUGGCCGAUAUCUUGUUCUUCAAAUCGAUCCAGAAUACAACCCCCCUGCUACCGAGACCCGCACCGUCUACGGCAUUAACCUCCAGCAGCACCGCAACGAUGUCGAGAUCACCCCCAAGCACUUCACCACAAUUAUCACCCCGAAGGACACUGCUUCUCUACCAGAGAGCGCCGCUCGCGAUCUGACCAUUGCCACCAUUACUCUUAAGUACACUCAAAGCAACUCCGUGUGCUACGCAUACAAUGGCCAGGUUGUUGGUCUCGGUGCUGGCCAACAGUCCCGAAUUCAUUGCACUCGACUCGCCGGUGACAAGGCCGACAACUGGUGGAUGCGAUUCCAUGAGCGUGUUCUCGGUAUCAAGUGGAAGAAGGGUACCAAGCGACCUGACAAGAGUAACGCCAUCGACCUGCUCGUCAGUGGCCAGCUCCCCAAGGACGGUCCUGAGCGCGAAGCGUUUGAGGGUGUCUUCGAGGAGGUCCCAGCUGCCUUCACCCAUGAGGAACGUGAGGCUUGGAUGAAGCAGCUUAAGGAUGUUUGCGUUUCCAGCGACGCUUUCUUCCCCUUCAUUGACAACGUCUUCCGCGUUGCUCAGUCAGGGGCCAAGUAUGUUGCCGCCCCUGGUGGUAGCCAAAACGAUGCCGCCGUAUUCGAUACCGCUGAGAAGCUGGGCAUUACCUUUGUUGAGCAGAACAUUCGUCUGUUCCACCACUAAGCGAUACCUCAUCGGAUUUUUUUGCAAUUUGAUAUGGAAAUGGAAUUGGAAAAGUAAAAAAGGCCUGAAAGUUUUGGCCUGGAAAAGAAGGAUUCCCAGAGAUUGUGAUCUGUACGAUUGCGAUAUUGUAUACAUGAUAGACUUAACGCCGCGCCCAGACGCUCACUUCAACGUGAUGAUGAUGAUUUGAACCAUUUGUAAAAGCUUCCCGUCCCUAUACAUUUCUCCCCUCUCGCUCAAAAGUCGGUUGACGCGAGACCGUGAACCCAGCCCAGAUUAUCUAUCCCCUUUGCUCCGUUUCAUUGUUGUCAUGAUCUUGACACCAAGCGCAAAUAAAAACCAAAUGAACCUCAAAUCGCGUUGUUUCCAUGCACCCAUUCGGCAUUAACCAUUUAUGCCAUUAAUCCUCAAUAUCAUCAUCGCUCAGCACCAAUUUCUGAGCGAGAAGGCCCGAAACAUUUCCUUCCUUUAUACCUGCACUUCUCUUCCGGGGACUUAUUUCUUCUGAUGGCUUAUCUGUUGCCCAAGCCUCUCCCGGCUGCAUGUCGUCAUCUGCAUCAGACUCUUCAUCGGCAGCAUUAAUACCUUUGAAGGCAACCACCUUCUCAAGUUCGCGCAAACGGAAGCUUGGUGUUUUUCGAGCACGAGCUAUGUGCGCCAUAUAUGGGAGACGCUCAAGGAGCAUCUCACGCCGGGCUGCGCUGCCAAGCGAGAGAAGCGGCGCACUCUCAGGAUCGUCUUCUUGCUGCUGCUGCUGCUGCUGCUUCACUAUCGCUUGACGAUUUAGCUGCUUACGUUGCAUCCAGGAAGUCUCGCCAGACGAUUGCUGAGGACGACGAAACGCUGUGGCCCCAUCGGUCAGAUUUUUCGUUGCUCCAUCGUCGCCUUUAAGUAGUUUUGUAGACCACAUAUCCACAAACGCUUCUAACUCUUCCUUGGCACGCCAGAGUUUCAGACUCGUGGGGUAGAACAUCUUGAAGGCGUCGCUGCCCUUGGACAUGACUGAUGAUUUGCGCUUAACAGGGUUAGGAAGUGAGAACAACAUGCCCCUGACAGCUACCUGGAAAGUUAUUUCGUCCUGCCGGAGCACAUGGCUGCCAGAAUCUGGACCUGAAAAGCCAACUCUGCCGCCGAAGAAGAUAUCUCUUGAUGGUGAGAGGAGAUCUGCUUGUGACAGAUAUUCGAUACAGUCAUUAACGUAGUCCAUUGGUGUUGACAAGUCCAUAGGAUCUGUGCUCUCACAGGAUAGAACGUAGUUUUCAUGUAAUGCCGAAACAAAAGUAUGUGUAUCUGUGCCCGUUUCAUCGAUGAGCGUAUCAACAGACACUUGUGAGCGUUUCGGUCUCGAGAAAUGCGAAAGAAAAGUUGGGAGAUUCUCGAUAUCGUUACCUCCUGGCGGAGGAAGCUCAUCUCGUUUGUUGUAGACAACCUUUCCAACAGCAUGGAAGAUGCCUAGACUCGCUUCACGUUGAGAUACUUGUUCCAGACUCUCCUCUUCGCCUUGUGUGAGUUUGAUAGCAUCUUUCGCGCCUUUGGUCAGCUUUGUGAGCACGACCUUGUUGCCCCAGUCUCCUUGCUGGUCACCUUUCAGACACAGGAACUCGAGAGAUGAUACGGCGUUUCUGAUGUCUCCAAUUUCACCAAGGCGUUUUAGAACUUGAGGUCCUGGUGUUUUCCUGCGACCAGAUUUUCUGGCCUCUUUCUGGACAACGAGUUCCAGUGCCUUUAGGAGUAAUGAGGGGGCAAUGGCAUUGAACUCAAUCAUACCAACCCCUGGAUGUUGUAGGAUUU